CAGGUAUCUUUGUCAUUUAUCUCUAAAUAUAGACUAAUCCAAUUAUAGGGUGUUGUUUAGCGCCCCGACUUCUUGUGCAACUGAGGACAUUCAUAAACUGAUGAUACCGAAGCGAUAAUUUAUCAGCUUUCGGGUGAAAUAAGUGGCGGUCGUAUAUUGUGAAAGUAAUUUUUAAAGCCAGCACGUAAAGGAACGAGAAGCUAUCGGUGUGUGACAACGUAGAAAUUAUUGUGAAUUCUUAACCGCGGGUGACGCGAGGAAUAGUUCCAUGAUGGAAUUCUCAAAGACUAAAGACAAUACAAGGAAUAUCGGAGUGAUAAUUGUGUUAGUGUUAUUCACGUGUGCCAUCAACGUCAGGACUGAAACUACUCCUCCUACUACAGUUGAUAAUUGUGUAAAUAAUACUUGUGCUAACUCGGCUGUUUGUAUUAAUGGAGACUCAAAUUAUACCUGUAAUUGUCCAACGGGUUGGCAGGGAUGGCUUUGUGAUACAGAUGUAGAUGAUUGUACACCAUCAUCGUGUUCAAACAACGGAACCUGUGUUGACAAUGGUACAAAUUCAGUUAAUUGUUCCUGUACCAGUGGAUGGGAAGGUCCGACAUGCACACAAGAUGUGAAUGAUUGUAAUCCCAAUCCAUGUAGCAAUAAUGGAACAUGUAUGGAUCUUGGAACGAAUUCAUUCAACUGUACCUGUCCAACCGGAUGGUUAGGUGCUAACUGUUCACAAGUUGAUAAUUGUGUAAAUAAUAGUUGUGCUAACGGGGCUGUUUGUAUUAAUAGAGACUCAAAUUAUACCUGUAAUUGUACAACAGGUUGGCAGGGAUGGCUUUGUGAUACAGACGUUAAUGAUUGCAAUCCAUCUCCAUGUCAACAUGGAGCUUGUAACGACACUGGAAUCAACUCUUACUCAUGUAACUGUACCACUGGAUAUUUGGGUUUAAAUUGUUCACAAGUUGAUCAUUGUGUAAAUAAUACUUGUGCUAACGGGGCUGUUUGUAUUAAUGGAGACUCUAAUUAUACUUGUGAUUGUACAACAGGUUGGCAGGGAUGGAUUUGUGAAACAGACGUCAAUGACUGUAUGAAUGAUACGUGUCUAAAUGAUGGAGUCUGUACGGAUAACGGAACCAAUUCAUUCAUCUGUAACUGUACCCGUGGUUGGAUGGGAAAAACUUGUACAGAGGAUGUUAACGAAUGUGCUGACAAUCCGUGUAAUAAUGGAACAUGCAGCCAGGAUAUGGGAUCUGGUGAUUACAACUGUACGUGUCCCGUGGAUUUUAGAGGAAAAAACUGUGAUCUAGUUAAGAAUGAUUGUGAACCAAAUCCAUGUUAUAAUAACAUAACAUGUACAGAUGGCAUAGCCGACUUUACUUGUGAUUGUCCCAGUACCCUCACUGGUAAAACUUGUCAUGAAGAUGUGAAAGAAUGUUCUGAAGAAGGAAGAUGUUUAAAUGGAGGAUAUUGUCAGGAAUUGAUGGGUGAUUAUGAUUGUAUCUGUGAAAAAAAUUGGAAAGGCGACAACUGUUCGGAAGAUGUAAAUGAGUGUUCUGAUCAAUGUAAUGGUCCAGGUAUGAAUUGUACCAAUACAGAAGGAUCCUUCCUGUGUGAAUGUUCUCCAGGUUAUAUGAUGAAAGGAGCUACCUGUAUAGAGAUGAUGAUAUUACCGAAUAAAGAGAAUGCUAUGAAAUAUAUGAUGAAGAAUGAAGUCGUUGGACCGAUAUCUGUUGACUGUAGAAUACCAUACUUUAAUAACCUCUAUCAUUCUAUCUAUGUCAGUAUGAAUGGCUAUCUCUCAUUGGGCCAAAAAUAUGUCAAUAGGUAUCCACCCAAGAACUUGUCUGAUUGGUCAGAUUCUUCCAAGUUUAAAAUACUGGCUCCUUAUUGGUGGCACAUUGAUCUUCCUGAUAUGAGGAAUGACACAGGACUCUACAUCAGCCAAUGGAAAGCCAUCGAAGAAAUGGACAAAGCAAUGAUUGACAAGGUGUCCACAAUAGUUUCCGAAUCAACAGAGGGUAAUUUUACAGCAGAGAUGAUCUUCAUGGCAACAUGGCAAGGAGUUACGCCAUAUCCAGCCACAGAAUUUUCCACAUUGGCUGGAAAAUUUCAAGUUAUCAUAACCUCAGAUGGAAAACAAUCUUUCGCAAUAAUUAAUUAUGAUAAAAUAUGGAAGGAAAGCGCUGAAAGAAUGGUUAAAAGUUUCCUGACAGGAUCCACCACUGACAUGAUUAAGAUGAUCCCUACACCAGGAAAUAAUAUAAGAAGAGUUAUUCCCCUUUAUGAUAUGAAUCAGAUGGUGGAUAAUACUGAUUUCGAAUGCAUCAAUAAAUUAUCCAUGUUACCUGAGAAAGGUGUUGAUACGGCCAUGUGUCCGUGUACGCUAGAACAAGCUCAUCAUGACCUACAGUUCAACCAAUCGUCGAAUUCAACAAUGAGGACAUGCUUUACGGAAUACUUGGCACAUGAUAACAUGCAUUUGAAAUGUUGUUACGAAAAGACGCGUGGCAGUUUACUAGGUUAUAACGAGAUGUUGGCUGGUUUUGGUGUUUACAGUAACAGAACGUUAGCCAACAUCCAGUCAGAAGCCUAUGCUGCUUGUUGUAGUGAUACUAGCAGUAAAUGUUUUACGUCGUUCUUUACCAUGUUCCAACCAUCGACGUGUUCUAAUUAUACACAUAAAUUAGCUUUAAUUUGGGGUGAUCCUCAUAUUGUUGGGUUAGAUGAAACAGAUUAUACCUUCAAUGGUAAUGGAGAAUAUAGUUUACUGAAAAAUACAAAUAUGUUUGAAAUCCAAAGCCGAAUGAGUAGAGUACAAUUAAUGGCAAAUGAUAAACCUGGAAACGCAACAGUGUUUGUAGGUGUAGCAUCGAAGAUGAGUACAGGCAGUGUGACUCUAGAAUUUAUGUCAAAUUCAGCGGACUUAGAUUUUUAUGUUGAUGGUGUGAAAUCAACUGACUAUCAAGAUGAAAUGCAGAUGGUUAUGAAAAGUGGAAACUCGUACGUGGUUAUAUUUAUGAACAGAAUCUCAUUGAAGAUCACACCAUUUGAUGGAUACAUGUCCGGUACUGUGUACAUAAAGGGAGGCAACUUUGGGACUACUUCUGGUCUUCUUGGUAAUGCCAAUGGUGACAUGACAGAUGGUUUCAAGCUACGGAACAAUACAGUACUCCCACACGAUUCCACAGAAAGCAGUCUCUUUACUUUCGGCACUUCAUGGCUGGUUCAAGAUGAGGCUUCAUCUCUAUUUAAUUACACGCUCAUUGACGGCAAUUUUACGACCAAUCAGCACCCGGAAUUUAUGCCGAUGUUUUAUAGAGAUAUGAGUAGUAAUUUAACCAUGUUAUUUAACGGGGAUAAUAACACACAGCAGACGGCAAUGGCUCUAUGUAACGAGAAUAUCCCUUGUCUUGUUGACUAUGCCGUUACAGGUAGUGGAGCAUUUGCAAAUAGCACAAAAAUGGAGUAUGAAAUGUUUAUGCAAACGAAAUCUAUGUUUGUGAAUACUCCACCCAUGUUUAAAAACCCAAUGUACUGGAACUAUAACACUGGAGAAUCAACACAAAUGUUGAAUGUGAUGGAUGCAGAAAGUAAUAGUUUCACAGUUACCAUCAAUACCACCAUUAAUGAAACACUUUACACUUUUAAUGAGACAAGUCGAGAGUUUAAACUCAUUAUAAAACGUGAAACCGUGAUGAUGGAUUGGUUUAUAAAGUUUACAGCAACAGAUGAACAUGGUGCUUCAAGUCUUUUACAACCAGUUCUACAAUUAUGUUUGUGUAAUAAAACUGAAGAAUGUCUGCCGAGCAUGAUAAACACAGGAUUUGUCAGAGAUCAGCCGUGUAAUUGUUCCGCAAAUCACGAAGGUAGAUAUUGUGAAAUACAGAAAGACGUCUGUAAACAGUGUUAUGAUAUGUCGUUAUGUAAUACAACCAAUCAGGAGAACCCAUGUUCAUGUCCAGAAGGUUUAAUCGGAGACGGAAUCAGUUGCUAUGACGUAGAUGAAUGCUUGAAGGAUAACGAAUGUAAUCACGAUUGUCUUAAUACCAUUGGUAAUUAUACCUGUUCCUGUCGUCAUGGAUACAAAUUAAUGGGGAAAGGAAUGUGCCAAGAUAUAGAUGAAUGUAAAACUGUUACGAUGAAUAACUGUACUGAUGGUGAAUAUUGUUCCAACAUACCUGGUGGUUUCACCUGUAAUUGUAAAGCUAUGUAUAAACGAAAUUCAGCCAAUAAAUGCGAAAAAGUGGCUGCCAUAUUUGGUGGAACAUUCGUAUUUGAUUCAGUGCCCGGAGUACAGAAAUGGAUGCCUGAACUUGAAGACAAAACCUCCGAAGAGUUUAAGAAUUUGGCUUCAACAGUUGAAACCGAAGUAACGACAGCAAUAGAUAGUUCUAAUAAACUGAAAGACCAUCUUUUGAAUGUAAUGGUUAUAAGAUUUUAUGAAUACAACACAAGUUCAAGGAGGAAACGAGCCACUGAGUCAGCAGUUAAAAUAGAAGCAAAUUAUGAAAUAUCAUUUAGCCAACCAAUCGCUGUGUCCGAUUUACAUAAUUCCAUUAAUUCAGGUUUUACGUGUAGUGGUGACAGCUGUAGUUUUGGUUCACUCAUUGGGGUGUCCAAAAAUGGUUCCAUGGUACAAGAUGAAUAUGAUUUAUGUGCCGAAGACUUUAACAAUAAUUGUCACAAGUCAUCGACCACCUGUCAAACAUUAAAUGGAACUUUCACCUGUGCCUGUCGUCCUGGUUACAAGCCGUGGGAUCUAGCUGCUAAUACGUGUGAAGAUAUUGAUGAAUGUAUGGGUAGUGAUGGUAACGAGACUAGUAUUAAGAUGUUAUGUGGUGAUGAAGGUAUCAGGUGUGUCAAUCAACCAGGUACAUAUACCUGUGAUUGUAGAGGUCAAUACGAAUAUGACAUGACAACCAAAAAAUGUACAUUGGUGGAUUAUUGUAAAAGUAGUCCAUGUAAAAACGAUGCUACAUGUGUCAAUGUGCGAGCGGAGACGAAUUACGCAUGCAAAUGUACAUAUGGUUAUACAGGCCAGAACUGUCAGGAAGAAGAUCUAGAAGCAAUGAGACAGCGAACGAUUAUUAUAGCCGUAUCUGUUACGUUGGGUUUACUGUGUUUGCUGCUGCUUAUUGCCCUUUGCGUUGUUUGUGCUAGAAGCUCGCGGAAGAAAUCCCAUCGUCACUCAAUAAACAUGGAGGAGUAUUCGACGUUUAAAGGUUUGCCGCGAGCCCACCUACGAGGAGAAGACAAUGCCAUGAUGGAGAAUGGUAGUACACAAAACCUUUAUGAACCUGACAAUAGUUUAAAGGAUGAGAAACAAACGGAUACAGACAAAGUAACGUCCUUUAAUUAUGAGACUCUGGAGAGAAAUCGCCACGACGACGAUUACGGAACGGGAGAUAGAAUAUAUGCAGAUCCAGCUGUUCCAUUUUAGAAUUAUCAUUCAUUCAUUGUUUAACAUUUUGAACUCUUCUAGAGAGGUAGAAAUGUUAUCAUUUUAAUUGCCAUACCAUUCACUUUAAUCAUUGAAUUAAAAAAUAGAUUACAGUGUUGGCCUGGAGUCUGACCAGGCCCAUAGCUAGUAGGAAGGAACCGUGCCCUUUCCACUGGACGCAAUACUAAGCCACCUUCCAACGUUACCAUAUCAGUAUGGGCUACCCCCCCCCCCCCUUUCCAAUGCUAGCUACGGGCCUGACAACAAACGACAAAACAGAGCAUUUUUAAAUUAAAGUCAAGAAGUUUAAAUUUGAUAUAAGAUACUCUUAACGAAUGUAGUCGGGAAUGGUCAAGGUCAAAGGUCAAACGUCAAUAUACCAAGUCAAAUACUUCCAAUUUGGUGAUUUGAGUUUAAAAUAUUUUCUGCAGAUGUUUCUUUUUUUACGUUUGUAGGCCUUUAUAGAUAUUCAGUUAAAUUUCUUUAUUAAGAUAAUUUUAAAAUAUUUUAAUUUAACAAAUUUUUGCGUGUUUUUUUUUUUUUUUCAAACUUGUCUGUAACAUUGACUGAAGUGAAUAAUAACGAUCUUGAUCGUAAAGUUUUAAUGUAUUUAGCUUCGUAUUUCAUUUAUUAGCCAGAUAUAACUAACAGAUUUUAUUAUUAUAAAUUAUAUAUAUAUUAUAAACCGAAAGUUUUAAACUGGACAGUGACAUGUUACUAUGCUCCCAUACCACUAUAACAGAUCGUCCGCAGGCUGGAUAACCUACUCUCUUAACCCGACAUGUUACUACGCUCACUAUCACAGAUCAUCACCAGGCUGAAUAACCUAGUCUAUUAUAUACACAUUGGCACCAUUUCACUUGUAAACAGGAAGUUUCAAACUUACUACGUUCCAUACCUCUAUCAACACACUGGAUAACCUAUUCUAAAUGACAUCAGGCCGUUAUAUCACUUCAGUGUUCAGUCAGACAUAUGGAAUGAUAAAACGCCUAAUUGAUAGUUCUAUAGUAGUCGACAGAAUCCAGUCCCUUGAGUUUAGAUUCACGAAAUGUGUGUAUAUACAUCUAUAUAUAUAGGCUUCGUUAUUUUAUUUAUGCUCUUUUAAUAUUCUCUUCAUUUGCUCAAUUCUGUAUUUAAAUAUAUAAAAUUGAUUAAAUGGAAAUAUGCACAUAAAUCUAAGCUUAUUUACAUAAUAUUACAGAAUUUUAGGAAUUUGAAUAACCACUGUUGUAGAGAUGGUUGAAGUUAAUCGGAAAUUCAUAUUUUAUAUUGAGGACGCGGGGGGGAGGGGUGCGGGGGGCACUGUCAGUGUACCAUAGUGAGGUACAAUGGGAUUCCAAGUGCUUUUAAACUAAGGAAUACAUAUUUGCAAAACUUUCCGACAGGCCUUAAUAUGGAUGUUCAUUGUUAUUGUUUAUGUUAUGUUCAGUGUUGUCUGUUCUAUCUACCAUAAUCCAUGUCAUCAAGACUUAUAUGUACAUGUGCAAUCUACACACUUGAUGAUCUAGACUAUAUUCUUUCAAAAUCUGAUUAAAAUACAGAUCUAUAUUUCGUUCUGUUUUUUUUUUUAUACUUUCGAUGGUCUCUACUACAUGAAGAUCGGACCAGCUGUAGUGGAAGGUCAUGUCAGGGUUCAUGCGAGUAGUUUUCGACACCUAUGACGUCAGAUUGAUUAAUCAAUCAGCAUUGACAUUUCUAGUGGUUUACCCACAGUCCCGUUCUCAGCUCGCCAAGAACUUGCCGUAAUAGACCAUUUUAUUGGCUAAUCACUCACAUCCUCCAGAACGCGUGUUAUAUAACAACUCUUCCAGAUCCUGGUGUAGUAAAGGCAAGUAAAAUGAAAUUUUGAACAAUAAAAAGAAAACCGAAACAAAUGAGGAUCUGUGUUUCAAUCAGAUUUUAACCUUUCAUUGUAUGUGUAAAUUCUAAUCCUUUUAAUAGUUGUUUAAAUUUUUUCUAAUAUGACCUAAUUUUAGAGAUGUAUGUUUAAGGGAGCUAAGCCUCUUUGACUUGGGUUAAAACAAAAAUGUUCAUUGGAUCAAUCAACUGCUUAUUUUGAAAUAAAAAGAAGAUCCAGUGGUUCAAAAACCCAAUAUGUGUCUCUCCCACUGGCGUCGUGAAAUAUUAGGCUGUGUAGAACAUACUAUAGUCGAUUUGUGGUAUAUCUGAAACAUGAGAUGUGUUGGACACUGGUGGUUAUAUCUUUGAAAACUGCACUUUUAUGCUUGACCAAGGAGCUUUUAAAUUAAGGAAGACAUACUUGCAAAUAGUUGUUGGGUUGAAAACUUCACUUUUAUCCUUGACCCAGGAGCUUUUAGUCUAAGGAGCACAUAUUUGCAAAUUGUUGGUGGGUUGAAAACUGCAUUUUUAUCCUUGACCCAAAUCAACGAGGUUGUUUCAUAUUAAGAGUCCAGGGGAAGAACGAUCUAAGUCACAUUUUUGUUUUUUCACAUAAAAGGCAAAACAGACUUUUGGACGAGAAUGCUGGAUGCGAAGAGAACAAGUGGGUUUAAUUAUAAUUUCAUAUGAUGUUUAUACGAAUCAUAAUUACCAAUACAACUGACUCCAAUUUUUCAUUCAAAUUAAGGUUAAAUAAAGAGUAUUAUGGACUUUUAUUUUUCCGGGAGGCCAUUUCAGAAAGGGCCUUGGUUCGUCGUUUUUACCUAAAAUUGAUUGUUCCACAGAAAGCUUAUACAAUUUGUUAACAGAUGGCUCUAUUAACAGGGGUUCGUUGAAAAAGUGACUUAGAUCGUUCUUCCCCGGGGCUCUUCAAUUAUUGAUCGUUUAACUUGCAUGACCAUCAUCUGUCACAGCAUCCUCCAAAAACUGAACAUAAUAUCGUGUAGUAAGGUGAAGGUCGUUAAUUUGAUUCAAUCUGUCUAGCUAUAGAUUAUUUUAAAGUUAUUUAAUUAAUUUCUAUUCAAACUUUUGUCACCUGGUCAAUUCUUGAUGUGUACUGAACAGCAGAAGAAACGUCGCGUUUUCAAAUACAGCUUGUCAUCAUUGAGAUUGACUGCAGGGGGCUUUGCAGCAUCAACACUGUAAUUCAUUCAUUUUGAGUUAUUGUAAAAUGAAUUUUGUUAUAAAUUUCAGAGCUCAAAAUAAAGGUCUUUAUUCACAAAUUCAGUGCAACGUUUCUUUUGUUGUUCAGUAUAGUACUGCCUCAGAAUGGCACAAUAUUGUUUUCCAAAGAAUUUGACAAUUUUUAGCAUUAUCACAAUUUUUUUGUAUAUUUUUAAGUGUUUUACACAAAAAAAACCUCUAAAUUGAACUGUAGUCAUUAUGUUUUAAUGUUAAAUUCUAUGAAAUUCUAAUUUUAAGAUAUAUUAACUGUCUGACAGGUCAGUUCUCCAGUCAGUCAAUUUUCACUGUCAGCCAGUCAUGACCUGUAAAUAUGACUGAAAUCAGAGCUAUGCAUUAUAGCUUUUGUUUUCUCUUUUAAAGAUAUAUGUCUUUUUCUUAUCAACAAUAUUUUUAUUCCAAAAUUGAAAGGGGGUUGAGGAACAUCUCCUACUACAAUAUAAUAGAUAUAUCAUUUCAUUAAUUGGUUUAAACUAUAUCUAUAAGUUUUAUUGUUUGUUAAGUUUGUAAAUAUAUAGACAGUUAUUUUUUGCUCAUCUCUGGUAAAUUUACUAUAAUUAUGGCUCGUUAAGAUUCACAUAUUUUAUAAAUUGUGUUUUGCCAAUUUACAGUAACAAUUAUAUUAAUAGGCCAAUCAUUUUGUGAAAUAUGUGAAUCGGACAAUAUUUGUCUAAUCAGGGUUAAAGGGCUAAAUCUAUUUAUUAAGGCCAUCUCUAUUUUCGUCAAGGUUGCGGAGAUGUAAAUAAGGUUAGGGCACGUGAUUAAUGACAAGAUUGUAGGUUAGGGUUAGAGUAAGCAUUAGGGCUAGAGUUAGGGUUGGGAUUAGCACUAGCCCUGUUUACAUCUCGUGACCUUUGACCAAACUUGAAGUUGGCCUUAUCAAACAGAUCUAACCAGGUUAAAGUUGCCUACCCUUAAGUUAUGCAUAAUUAGUGUUAAUAGUAAAUGCAGGAGAACUGCACCACAAACAAUUACACAAACCUAGCACAGGACACACUAUAGAGUUAAUUGAACAGUAAAGCUUAUGAUUUUUAGCUAAUAAGUUACUUUAAUUAUCUGGACAUUGAAAUGACCCCUAAAGCACAAAAAACCCUGUCUCUAUGAUUGUGUUGUUAUUUCCAAUCUGUUUCACAGAGGAUCACGAAAGUCUUCUAAUAUCUCUGUAAAAGAUGACUGCCUUCAACACACGACGUCAUAUCAAGCGGGGUCAAUCAUUGGCUCAAUGGUGCCUGCAUUGUUUACAUAAGACGUUACUGAUUCGAGCAGAAUGGCGCCUUUUACUCAAUUUAAUACCCAUUUACACUAAAUAGGAAAUAAUUUUUACCUACAAAUACUUCAAACGUCUUUAUUUAUUUUUCUAAUACUUAAAAAAAAAUGUUUUAGAAUUGAAUUUGUCGGAGGAAAAAAGUUAAUAUUUUUGGCUCAUUAAGUCACAUCAAUGUCAUCCUUAUCAGUGAUUGUAGCGGCCUAGCGAAUAUUCAUUGCAGAUCAGUGUGGUAAAUUUCUUGAAUUAAACCUCUCUGAAAAUUGGUUAAUCUGAUGUGGGAUUUCCCUUUUUGAUGGGACAAGCCCUAGACAAUAUAUUGUCUAGGGAAUUCCCGUCUUUUAAAUACAAAUUCCAAUGUGAUGGACAUUUUUAAAAGAAUUCCAUGUUAAUAUAUUUUUCCUGUUAAUUUUGUAAUUUUGUUUUCCUGUUGAUUGUACAAAUGGUGUAAAUAUUUCUAAUCAAAGUCAAAUUACUGUAAAUAUUUAAUUACUGUAAAUAAUAUUCAUUUUAAAUAAAAAUAUUAUUUUUUAAA